GAGCAGACAGUGUGAUUUGACCCAGCCCUUCUUCUGCAGUGAAGCAUUUGUGGGUAGCGUAUACAUUUUAAUACCGAAAGUGUCCAACGGCACGUACGCCGCUGAAAUGGCUGCUGCGGCUCCAGAAGGAACAUCCGCGUGGAGUGUUGAGAGCGAUGUAACGGCCGCAGAGAUAAACAAGGACAAUGACGCGGAGAAAGAAAACGGCCUCGCGUUACCGGAAACGGAGGAGCCACGCAGCAGCAUAAAACCGAAAAUGGAAGAGGUGAACGCGGGGCCCUGUGAAGAGAAGCCCGCUGCAGCGACAGACAAGGCCGAGAAGGAGGUGGUGACAGAGGACAGUGCUGCUGCAACGGUGAACCAGGUGGCAACAACCGCUCCUGAAGAACCGGAGAUAAAGCAUGAGCUACAGCAAAGCCCCGGAGAAGGUAGCCUAAACAAUGAACCAGCCAACGAUAACGCAUUGAAAGAAGCAAAGGAGGAACCAAGAGAGGACAGCCAUGGUACGGGGAUAAACUGCGAAAAGAGCAAAACCGUUUGUGAAGAUGGUGAGAAAGCCAGCGGCGGGGGCGGGGAUCUGGGUGACAAGAGGCGGCCGAGUGUGGAGAUAUCAUCCUCGGAUGGUGAACCGUUGAGCCGUAUGGACUCAGAGGACAGUCUCAGCAGUACCCUGAUGGAGAUGGAGAGCACGGUGUCGAGUGGGCGCUCCACCCCUGCUAUGAUGAACGGACAGAGCAAUGCCAGCUCCUCCGGGGCUAAGACAGUGGCCUAUUCCUGCUGCUGGGACCUCUGUCCGCAGUGCUUCAACUCAAGUCCUGAUCUGGCAGAACAUAUCCGGGGCAUUCAUGUGGAUGGGCAGAGAGGAGGGGUGUUUGUGUGUCUAUGGAAGGGUUGUAAGGUGUAUAACACACCGUCCACCAGUCAAAGUUGGCUCCAGAGACACAUGUUGACCCACAGUGGAGAUAAGCCCUUUAAGUGUGUAGUUGGUGGCUGCAACGCCAGCUUUGCUUCCCAAGGAGGGUUAGCCCGCCACGUCCCGAGCCACUUCAACCAGCAGAGCUCCUCCAAAAUGUCCGGCCAGGCCAGACUCAAGGAAGAGUCACCCUCCAAAGCUGGACUCAACAAGAGAAAGAAACUUAAGAACAGACGCAGGUGUACUUUACCGAGACCCCACGACUUCUUUGAUGCCCAAACCAUGGAUGCCAUCCGCCACAGGGCCAUCUGUCUCAACCUUGCCACCCACAUCGAAAGUGUUGGCAAUGGCCACAGUGUGGUCUUCCACAGCACGAGGAUUAAGAUCUGUCCUUUAAAGCAGCAACUCAAACCACUCAGCUCAUAAAUCAUUUCAUGCUGGUUAAACACAAGCUCACUACUUCUUCUUCAGCCUUCACAUACAUGGUCAUGGCCUCUUCAAGUGUAGUCUGAGCUUGUGAUUAUUAACCUGGUUCUGUGAGGAGCCCGAGGGCAUAGGUUACUAGCUAUGCCUUUUUAAUUAAAAGGGCAGUGAAGCAGCUGCUGGUGCACUGAGACACAACUGUAGGGCCCAUUGCUGCCAGCAGAGGAUUUAGGCUAAUGUUGCAGCCAGGCCCUGUUGUUGAUUCUAAGAAGUUGUCUCUUAUCCCUUAUGGGGUUUAUGGAGCAGGAGCCAGCAAAGCCCUGGUGGGAAGCGAGCAGAUAAAGAAGAACAAAAUCCAGUGACAAUGUUAAUUUAUGAGGUGAGACUAGAGCUCUGAAAAGCUAAAAAGAAAUUUUUUGCAUCUUUAAAGAUUUAUUUUUAAAUGUCAAAGAGGGGUUUCUAAUAGCAAUUUAAGUUGAUCUCUAUAAAUAAAGAACAAGCAAUAUGUUUUGAUUGGCUGAUUAACAAGCAGCAACACAUGUAUUUCUUGCAAGAUUAUAAUUGUUACUUUUAACUGAUAGUAGAGUGACUGGAUUUUCACUUGAAUAUAAAAUAUUUAAUACAGAAAGUUUAACAUUGUACAUAACACAUACAGUAAUACAACACAAAUUUAAAAGGGUCAGUAGAAAAAAGUGUUCAAUUAUAUUUAUAUGCACAUGUUAAGUUUUUACAAAGUCUACAAUAGCAAACAAUUAAGAAAGUAAGUAGGUAAAAUCAAAGCUUAAGAGUUGAAAUAAUUCUAGUAUUGAGACAAGAAUUAGAAACUUGUGAUUCCUCAUAUGGCUUAAUGAGCAUAAGAGACAUUGGAAAGAAAAAGCAGCACACUAAGUGAGGCUUUACAGAAUUUUAAUUUGUGACAAUAAAAUAUAGGAAAAUUCCUCAAAAUACAAUUUCAGAAUGCCCUAAAAAUAAUCAUGCUGGAGAGAUUGGUUAUAUUUGGUAUGCUGAUUAGAAACCAUGUUUCCUGUAUGAAAUUCCUGAGAGAAUCCGGUUUUGAUUUUUAUGUUUACAUGACGUUGACUAAAUCGGCAUACUGGAGAAAGCCGAGUGUAACCCGAUUCCUUAAUUUUAGGUAAUCGCACUGAAGGAGCAAGAGAGGGGGACAACAUUGACUUUGCAGUCUAAGCAAUGACUUUAUACUAACAUUUAUACUUCACUUACAUGUCAAAGAACACUGAACAGGUCCCUGUAACGUCAACUUCAUGCAUGGCUUUAUUCCAUCCUUUCUAUGAUUAGCUAACAAGGAAACGGAUGCAAAAAUCACUACAAAUUUCUGCCUAUACAAAGUCAGACUAUAGUACUCAUAUUUUGUUUCAUAGGUCCUAGGCACUGUAGGGUGUAGAUUUCAUAUCGACAGUAUGUCUGUUAAAGCGGGACAUGCAGAAGUCAUUUUUCGGCUUUGUCACUGAUGACGUUGCUGUUGAGUUGCUCUGCCCACUUGUUCUUUUUAUCUCUUUAAAGAGUUUCACACAAAAUUCCAAGAAGUU